AACAGCUGAUCAUUAUCUUCCCAGAAGAAGAAGAAAAAAAAAAAAAAAAAAAAGAAAAGAUAAGAAAACAACCGAUUCUCAAGCACAACCUUCCCUCUCCUCUCGUCUUCUCUUCGUCUCCGCUCUUUUAAAAGGGGCACGCCCCCAACACAAACUCUUCCCUUUUGAGUUGUAGGCUAUCCUUUUUCACUUUUUGUUUUUUGGUUUUUUAACUUUCACUUUUUGAUCUGUUUGCAAGUUCGUUGCGAUUAUUGCAAGAACAGACAGUGAAGAAAGAAGAUGCGACCGAGAUAGAGGAAUUAAUGGUAGGAGUGAAUUAAGCACCCACGAACAGAAAGCAAAGUUUUGAGUCUUGGAGAGUGCGAGAGAUAAAGUGUCUUAUCUUUCAUUUACUACAUGGUGAUGAUAUUGAUGGGUUUUCUUUUUCAUGAGGAGUAGGGAAACAAUUUAUGCCAUUUCUUUCAUGAGAAGCGCGCACUAGAGUAUAAAAAUACAGUUCCGUUGUUAUAAAUGGCAGGCCUCUUGUCCAUGUCUGUUCUUGAUCACAUGGCUUGCAUGCAAGUAGUUACGAUGGUAAUUGGUCUUUGUUCUUCUUGGGGGAACACGGCCAAAUAAGGGCACCCUGCUUUUGUACGUUUACCAGUCAAGUUCCAUUAAUGCCAAUAAAUGGAUCAGGCUACAAAGAUCUAAGAGGCUUUACAAUUUUCGGACAGUGUAAACCUGUUUUGUUUCUUUUAUUUCCGGGUUUUAUUGACGGAGCUAAGGGCAAUGGAGUAGUGUUUUUCAAGAAAGAAAGAGUGCGUUUUUCUUCUACCUUCAAAGCUCCAAGGUUUGGUCCGAGACUUUCAGCUGCAGCAACUGAUCAUGGCCGUCACUGGGCUAUAUUUACCCUAAUAAUAACAUACACUGCAAAUUAAAACUAUUUUACUGCGCCGAGGACUAUCCGAGAAGAGGGAGUUAUGCUGAGAAAUAGAUCCAGAGCAGUGACCAGCAAGCAAUCUUUAAUGGCUGAUCACAGCUCUCAACAAUAUCCCACCCAAAAACGCACCAGGCCAAUCCCAUCUUUCUUUGGCUCUCCAAGAUUCAGAGCUUUCACAGCAAAGGGUCUCUCUGAGAGUGAAGCAGUGAUGAGUCCAACCUCAAUUCUCGACACUUUCUCAUACGACGGAAGCCAACCAAAAUCCGGAAAAACUUUCUCAGAAAACAAACACUCAUGGGAUAAAAUGGACUCAAAAGGCAUUGCACUUGCUCUUUUAGAUACUAUCAACGAUGGAAGUAAUGAAGAGAAUUCUUCUAAACCCAGCAAUGGAAAGGUUCUCUUUGGUACAAGGCUUAGAGUUCAAAUUCCUCCCCUGACACUCACUACACAUUCUCCAAAUGAGUCUCCAAUAUCUCCGGGUGAUUUUGGAAUCAAGACCCGGAAUUUGCAAUUAUCAGAAUUUGCUUCUACCAGUUCUGGCAUUCAAACAAAGGAUUCUCCACGAGUUGUCAAGGCUAGUCUCUCUGUGAGAGAGAUGGAGCUGUCUGAGGAUUAUACAUGCGUGAUAUCUCACGGGCCUAUUCCAAGAACCACUCGUAUAUUUAAUAACUGCAUUGUGGAGACCUAUUAUUCUUUGCCGGGUGAGCAUAAGUCUUCCUCGGAGAAUUUCCUCAGCUUCUGCUACACCUGCAAGAAGAAUCUUGAACAGACUGAAGACAUUUACAUUUACAGGGGUGAGAAAGCCUUUUGCAGUCAUGAUUGCCGCUACCAAGAAAUGCUGUUAGACGGAUUGGAGAAUUCAGAAUUUGAGGAUGGCCAUAAAGAAUUUUCUUGAUCAGCAGCUCUCAAAAAGCCUGUGUUUUCAGAAAGAUAUCGUCACUCUUUUUGUCCCCAUAGUUGACUAUGAAUCGAUCACUUGGGGAUGAUUUAUUUAGGGAAAAAAAGCUGUUAGAUCAGAGUGGGUUUUCCUUUUAACUUUUCUUUUGUAUAUUUUUUUUUUCUGGGCUUUUAGUUUUUGGAUUUGUAUUUGCUUUUUACCCUCUCCCGAGCAGAUAGAGAUAAGAGAGGAGGGUGGGACAUUAAUGUAGAGUUGUUUUUGCUCGAAGUGACGACUAAUUUGAGUGCUUU